AUGGCGUUGUAUAUUAUUUCAGCGGGUUUGGGCAUAGCGGCGGCCAUAUACUGGUAUGUAAACAGACAUAAGCCCGUCAAACACAUACUCAGUGAAUUGCGCUAUGCCAUCGACAUGCAAGGGGCGGGCGCCGGGGGCUUGAUAGACGACUGGGUCAGCGUUUGGAACAACAGAGUAACAUUGCCAAAUGCGAAAAGCAAAAUCGCUGUGAUAACGGGCGGCGCCCGCGGAAUAGGAAGCGAAGUAGUACGAGGAAUGCUCAAAGCCAACAUGGUAGUCAUAAUGGGCGUCCGAAACACAGAAGCGGCGAAAAAACUCGCCAACAAAAUGGAGAACGGUGACAAACUGCGCGCGUUUCAACUAGAUCUUCAAUCGUUGAAGUCUGUCAAGGAAUUUGCAGACAGUGUUCUAAAGGAGUUUGCCAAUAUACAUCUACUCGUGAACAAUGCAGGCAUAAUGUUUGGAGACUACAACCUCACUGAGGAUGGGUUUGAAACACAGUUAGCUGUCAAUCAUUUGAGUCAUUUUUAUUUGACACAUUUAUUGUUGCCAACGUUGAAAAGAGGAGGUACUAUGGAGGACCCUUCGAGAAUUGUCAAUGUAACAUCAUGCGCACAUUUUCCAGGGAAAAUAUAUUUUGAUGAUAUUAAUAUGAAGGAGCACUAUGACACAACUGCUGCUUAUGCACAAUCAAAACUGGCGCAGCUUAUGACUGCAAGAUAUGUAAAUGGCCUGCUUGAGAAUAAAGACGCCCCUGUAAAAUGCUACUCUGUGCAUCCAGGAAUAGUAGACACAGAUCUAUUCACAAACAGUAAUUUUGGUAAAAUGCCAUGGGCUAGGCGACUCUUCUUCAAAACUCCAGAGAAAGGUGCUAUAUCAGUACUCUAUGCUUGCUUUGAUAAAGAAAUUUUGAAGAAAGGAGGUUUAUACAUAAGCAACUGUAAAGAAGGCUUCAGCAAUAGAUUUUCCAAAAAUGAAAAGCACCAAAAGAAGCUCUUUGAACUAUCAUGUGCCUUAGUCCACAUUGAAAUGGACAAGUUUGGAAGACAUUGA